GUCCCCCCGUCCGCUGCCACCCUGGCGCUGCGCUGCAUGGACGGCGUCUUCCUGUCGCCCAACGAGGAUGAGUUCGUGGGCAGGAUCACGGAGGAGCUGGAGCACUUCAUGCUGCAGGGGCAGCACCACCGGGUGCUCCUGUUCCCACCCCUGUCCAGCCGCCUCCGGUACCUGAUCCAUCGCACGGUGGAAAACGUGGAUAUGCUGAGCAGCUUCUCCGUGGGAGAGGGAUGGAGGAGGAGGACGGUCAUCUGUCACUCGGCCGUGAGGCUGCCCAGCGACACCAGCGACCAAAAACCCAGCAGCAACGCCCCCAGGGCGCAGCGCCCCCAGCAGCCCUGGGGCCGGGGGGGCCGGGGCGGCCGAACGCGCCACGGCGGGGACCUGCACGGUGACAACUCCCGGGCCUGCGUGGGGUCCGGCAGGAUAAAACGGCCACCCUGGAGGAAGCCAGACAAGGCCCUGUACGUCCCCAAAGCCAUGCGCAAGAAGGAGUGGGGCGAGCGGGAGAGCGCGGUGGUGGCUGUCACCGAACCGGGAGGGGACGUGGUGCAGGAAGAGGAGAUUUGCCCUAAAGCUGCGGUUGAGGAUGCCCAGGAGGACGCUGAAGGCAGCCACGGUGGGGUCUCCGUGGCCCUCGGCAAGGAACGGGAGCCUGGUGAAGAGCGUGCUUCAGGAGGAGAUGAUGAUGGCACUAAUGAACGUCCUCCGUGCCGUGCGGAUGUCCCGUCGUUAGAGAACGGUGACGGGCAGGAAAGUCAGGAUAAAGACUGUUCAGAUCCCCCUUCUGUACACAAUAAACCCCCAACUGCAGCGGAAGAGCAAGAGCAGAGCUGCGACAGCGCUACAGGAGGUAGCAAAACCCUGUGCCAGCUGCAAGAGGGAGACCAAAAGAGCCGGGACACGGGUGGUGUCGGCAAAACCUCCUCUGUACCCGAGAGCAGCAGCGGUAUCUGCUGUCCGGCCCCGGCUGGGGCCGAGUCAAGCACGGACCAAGAUAAGAGCUGUGCCGUUGCCGAGAGCCUGGAGAGCACCGGGAAGCAGUCACCGCCUGCAGAACCGGGCAGGGACUUUGUGGACACCAGCAGCGGGGAGGGAGCCAAGGGUUUCUCCAAGCUGGAAAGCCAGGAUGAGGAAUCCCCCAGCGCUGCCCGCGUGGAGCAUCACCACAACCCUCCCGAAGCCCAAAAUGAGCCUUUGGCUGCAUCUGAGCCGCUUUGUGGUGCUGAGCAUCCAGCUCCUGAUGCCUCAGAUGAGCAUUUGGUGGAUGCUCCCGUGGAGAGCCGCAGCGGGAAGGAGGAGGAGGAGGAGGACAAGGAGCGGUCGGGUUUGGCCGGGGCGCUGUGGCGUGAGCUGCGUCUGCCCACGGGCGAUGGGGAGAGCGCGGCCGCGCGCGGGCAGAGCGGCCUCGAGGACGACUGCACCGCAGAGCUCAUGGCAGAGAUUGUGGGCAAUUUAACCGUGAAGGACAUCAGCAUUGAGAAGAUCAGCUUUGAUUAUUCCAGCUACGGCGACGCGCAGCUCGGCGAGGGCGAUUUUGGCCACGUAACCGAAAUCUACGACUUCUCCCCGUCGAUGAAAACUGAGAAUCUGCUGGAAGUGUUCUCGGAUUUCCAUGAGAGCGGCUUCAAAAUCCAGUGGGUGGACGACACGCACGCCCUGGGCAUCUUCUCCUGCCCAUCCACAGCAUCUCAAGCCCUGGGGCGCCGUUAUCCUUCCUUAAAGAUCCGACCAUUGAUCCAUGCCACAAAGCAGUCCAAAAUCAAGGCACUUCAGCGACCAAAGCUCCUUCACUUCGCAAAGGAACGACCCCAGACCGACACCGCGGUGGCGAAGAGGUUGGUGAGGCGGGCGCUGGGGUUGAAGCACAAGCACCAGGGCACCGAGAUGCUGCUGCCGGAAAGCUUGGACCAGGAGGAAUAA